UCGUGCAGAGGGUUGGUGACAAUGGUUCGUAUAAUGUUGAUGUUAGCAACUUGGAUGCGCUGACUGAAGAAGGAUGGGAUCUCGCUGAGAUGAACGGCACUGAAGUGGCCGAGAGUGAUGACCACCCGAAGGUGUAUUGGUCUGGGGAGAAGCAAACGAGAGGGGAUACACCCAACUCUGGAAGCCCCCCAUCACGUGGUCGUACUUUCUCAGACUGGGGUAUCGAAUUUAGAGGCAGUGCAUUGCCGAUGGAUAAUAGCGAGUUGAUACGCAGUACAGAGUCGCCCUCGGGGGUGGGUAGGAAGCAAGAUGUCUCAGCCGACUUGGAGGAUCCUCCUUUGACCAGCGGUGAUGGAACAGUACCGACCACUGCAGACUCAACGCUUAUUGCAUCUCGCCGGAACCAAUCACCGCGUCCGAGAGCCUUCAGUACUGAACUGGUGGAAAGCCUAUGACUGGAGGCUCAAACGACGAAGGCGCUGGUAUGGUUACUUAUACUGUAGCUUAUGGUUGGUUUCCGCAGCUGAGCUGAGGAGACUCCUCAAUACAUUAUGAGAAUUCACACACGACUUAGGUAGAAGUUUAGAAAAAACCAAGAAGAGUUCCCCCGAGGUUUCCUUAUCGUCGAUAACACACGUAGUUGACCAAAGGUAUAUUCUCCAACAAUGUGUACCAUAUUGUUGAGACAUGCCAUAGUGAGCAUGUUGGCAUAUUAGUAGCAUAUCGAUUUUGUAAAGUGCCACGUAGUAUUCAUAAAGACCUCCUCGUCCUUCGUUACUAUUACGAACUAUUCUCUUUAAACUUACCAUUGCAUUUCCUAUCAACUCGGUAGGCUCUAAGAGAGAACUAGUUGAAUAUACC